AUGGGCCCAUUCAAAAGCUAUUAUGCAAGUGCUUCGGAAAAUUUUAUGCGCAAAUUCCCUGGCAAAGCCAUAACGCUGUACGACGUGGCGGAAUUGAUGGGUGCGGCAUAUUUGAAAGCCGCUUCAGCAGAAGUGGCUGAGAACGGUUUCCGAAAGUCUGGCAUUUGGCCUUUCAAUAGGAACGUGUUCAGUGAUGAGGAAUUUGCUCCAUCCGAAGUGACCGACCAGCCAGAAAUCCGACCAACAAAUCCGACAGUAAAUCCCGAUCAGCCAGCAAUCGCCACCGACCAGGUAGAAGUCACGACUGUUACUUUAAUCACGGUAACUAAACCACUGGUGCUUGACGGAUCAACAGUACAGCAGAUCCCUAUGCCGAGUUCAAUCAGUUUUCCUGAGUUAACCGGUAAUGAGGUUCUUGACGAUAAUCAAGAUGAUGCCAAUCAAAUAAUCAGCAUUAAACCAAAAUCUGAAGCCUCUCCGAACUCCUCAUUCACCAUAUCACCGAAGGACAUUCUACCACUUCCGAAAAUGGCAGCUCCGAGAAAUGCAAAGCGCAAGCGUAAGGCAGAACAGGCAGUUGAAAUUACCGGAGAAAACUAUCUUCAAAGCUUAGCCACAUCGGAAGCAGCAAAGACCAUUAAGGCCAUAAAAAAAGGACGAAAAACAACGAAAAAACGAACCAAGGUGCAGAAGAAAGCUGAGAUUUUCGAAGAUACGUUGUGCGAUCUCUUCGGUGCAUCUUUUUCUGAUUCCGUUGAUGGCCAAGGAUGGAAGAAGUGUCAUUCCUGCUUGAUGUGGUUCCACACAGAAUGCGGUACGAACGAAGACGAUCUCGGAUGCCGAUUCUGCAACUGA